GCUCCUCCCCUAUAGCCGCCUACUGCUUCCUUGUCAGCUGAAGCAAGUCAGAUCAAGGCCAGGUUAUGAGAGCAGUGCACAAGCUGAUGAAGGUGUUUGUGACCAGAAGGAUUCCCCCUGAAGGGCAGAAGCUCUUGUCACAGGCUGAAAUAUGCAAUGUCGAUCAGUGGGAUUCAGAUGAGCCUAUACCAAGGGCAGAGUUGCUUAAAAGGGUUGCAGGAGCUCAUGGUCUUCUCUGUCUCUUGUCCGACAAAAUUGACAAGGAGGUUCUGGACACUGCUGGUCCUGAUCUCAAAAUCAUCAGUACCCUCUCUGUUGGCUUUGACCAUUUAGCUUUGGAUGAAAUUAAAAAGCGAGGAAUCAGAGUUGGCUACACACCUGAUGUUCUGACAGAUGCCACAGCAGAACUUAGUGUGGCAUUGCUGCUGGCUACCUGCCGCCGGAUCCCAGAAGCUAUGGAAGAAGUUAAAAAUGGAGGAUGGAAGACUUGGGCUCCCAUGUGGAUGUGUGGCUACGGACUAUCUAACAGCACGGUGGGAGUUAUUGGUCUCGGCAGGAUCGGAUUAGCUAUAUCGCGUCGUCUUGCACCGUUUGGUGUUAAAAAGUUUUUAUACACUGGACGGCAGCCCAGGCCUGAAAAAGCAGAGGAGAUAAAUGCGGAAUAUGUGUCUUGCGAGAAACUUGCUGAGGAUUCAGACUUCGUCAUCGUAACUUGUUCUUUAACGCCUGAGACGGAAGGGCUCUGUAACAAAGAGUUCUUUGGAAGAAUGAAAAAGACUGCUAUUUUCAUUAACACUAGUAGAGGUUCCGUGGUAAACCAAGAUGAUCUCUAUAAUGCCUUGGCGAGUGGGCAGAUCGCAGCUGCCGGCCUGGACGUUACCACGCCAGAGCCUCUUCCGCCAACCCACCCACUGCUCAGCCUGAAAAACUGCGUGAUUUUGCCGCAUAUUGGAAGCGCAACAUACGAUACCAGAAACGCCAUGUCUGUGUUGACCGUGAAUAACCUGUUGAAAGGUCUAACAGGAGAACCUAUGCCCUGUGAGCUAAAACUGUGAAGAGGCCGAAACCAGAUACCGAAGCAAAACGUGGUGUCCAGGGAACAUCUAACCAGACUCACUCAGAUUGUUUUUGUACAUGCCAGCAUCUGUAAUCCUAUUAAAUAAACCAUCAGACAA